CGAGCACGAGCACCCUCUCAUCUGCCGGUGCUAGCUCCUCGAUCCUCUCUCCCCCACUUCAGCCGGUAGGUCUCUAGCUCUUCUUGAGAAGCAGGAAGAGGGAUCGAGGAAUCGAGCAAGAUGAGCGGCAAGGCUCUCCUUGUCGCCGUGCUCCUGGUGGGCGUCGCCUCCCGGUGCUCCGGCAGCAGGGGCCUGCAGGGGGAUCACGUCGCUGAGCAGAAGUACGGUGGUGGUGGGUACGGUGGCGGCGGCGGGUAUGGAGGUGGCGGCGGCGGAGGUGGUGGCGGUGGGUACGGAGGCGGCGGCUACACGCCCGGCUACUCCGGCACCGGAACCUGCGACUACUGGAAGAGCCACCCGGACGCGAUCAUCUCGUGCAUCGGGUCGCUGGGCAGCAUCCUGGGCUCCUUGGGCGACGUGUGCAGCGCCUUCUUCGGGAGCAAGCUGCAGACGCUGCAGGACGCGCUGUGCAACACCCGCACUGACUGCUACGGCGACCUCCUCCGCGAGGGCGCCGCCGCCUACCUCAACUCCGUCGCCACCCAGAAGUACGCCUACACCACGCAGCAGGUCAAGGACUGCAUCGCCGUCGCGCUCACCUCCGAGGCCGCCGCCGCCGCGCAGGCCGCCAUGUUCAAGAAGGCCAACUACGCCUGCCACUACUGAUCGAUGACGAACGUAGAAGCUUGCUUCCAUCAUGUCAUCAGCGUAGCAUAUGUAGUGCUUGUUAAAUAAGACGUGUGUGCGUGACUGUGUGUGUCCGAUCCCCAGCAUCGCCUUCGUCUCUGCGUCGUCGUCUUUCAUUCCAUGACUCCCGUGAAUCCAUGAUGAUGAUGCAUGAUGCCAUGCCGUCUCGUUGUCUGCUUCUUCAGUAGUAGUGAUGAUGCCUGCAUCCUUGUCGUUGUUGCUGAUGUGAUGAGAAAUAAGAUGUGAGGGUUGGUGGUGAAAACGGUGGUGGUCGUUCUUACGAAAUGCAUGCGUACGUACUUGAUCGCACUGCUCGUUUCUGUCGGCACCGGUGGUUGAGAUGUAAUCGUGUACAUGGCUCCAACUAUAUAGCAACGUCAGGAUUUCCUUUA